AACUCUCAUAAAACCUAGCACUCUCCCAAGUUCUACCCCUUUACGCUCUUCUCCGGCGCUGUGCGAGGGUUUCAGAUUUCCCCCCAAUUCCGUCCAGUUCCCAACCAAACGGUGCUGAUUACGCCUGCUAUCAUUAAGCAGGCGUAAUCGGAUCUUUUGGGUAAUCAUGGCGCAGUUUGCGAAGCCUGAGAACGCUCUGAAGCGUGCUGAAGAGCUAAUAAAUGUUGGCCAGAAGCAAGCGGCCUUACAAGCGCUUCAUGACCUUAUUACGUCAAAGAGAUACAGGGCAUGGCAGAAGACCCUUGAGAAGAUCAUGUUCAAAUAUGUAGAACUCUGUGUUGACAUGAGAAGAGGCAGAUUUGCAAAGGAUGGUCUUAUCCAAUACCGUAUUGUUUGCCAACAAGUGAAUGUCAGCUCUUUGGAAGAAGUGAUUAAAUAUUUCAUGCAUCUGUCUACUGAGAGGGCUGAGCAAGCUCGCAGCCAGGCCCAGGCUUUAGAAGAUGCUCUUGAUGUUGAGGAUUUGGAGGCUGAUAACAGGCCAGAAGAUUUGAUGCUGAGUUAUGUCAGUGGGGAGAAAGGGAAGGACAGAUCCGACAGAGAGCUUGUGACUCCAUGGUUCAAGUUUCUAUGGGAAACCUAUAGGACGGUUCUUGAGAUUCUACGUAACAACUCAAAGUUGGAGGCGUUAUAUGCAAUGACAGCACAUCGGGCAUUCCAAUUCUGUAAACAGUAUAAGAGGACCACUGAAUUCCGGAGAUUAUGUGAAAUUAUAAGAAACCAUCUUGCGAACUUAAAUAAGUACCGGGAUCAAAGAGAUAGGCCUGAUCUGACAGCUCCCGAAAGCUUGCAGCUUUAUUUAGAUACAAGAGUAGAGCAACUCAAGAUCGCAACAGAUCUGGCUCUGUGGCAGGAAGCUUUCCGAUCUGUAGAGGAUAUUCAUGGUUUGAUGACGAUGGUUAAGAAAAGUCCGAAGCCAUCGUUGAUGGUUGUAUAUUAUGCCAAGCUAACAGAGAUAUUUUGGGUUGCGGACAGUCACCUUUACCAUGCGUAUGCAUGGCUGAAGCUCUUUACAUUGCAAAAAAGCUACAAUAAGAACUUGACGCAAAAAGAUUUGCAGUUGAUAGCAUCAUCAGUUUUAUUGGCUGCACUUGCAGUGACUCCUUAUGACCAUAAGCAUGGAGCAUCACAUUUGGAAAUUGAAAAUGAGAAAGAGCGCAAUCUGCGGAUGUCUAGUCUCAUUGGAUUCAAUUUAGAUCCUAAAAGAGAGAACAGAGAGCUUCUUUCACGCUCAUCACUCAUUGCAGAACUGGCCUCCAAAGGAGUAAUGACAUGUGUCUCGCAAGAAGUGAAGGACCUCUACAAUAUCUUAGAACAUGAAUUUCUUCCACUUGAUCUUGCAUCAAAAGCGCAGUCUUUGCUUACUAAGAUAUCCAAACUUGGGGGAAAACUCUCCUCUGUUCCUUCUGUUUCGGAAGUGCAGCUAUCACAAUAUAUUCCUGCCCUUGAAAAACUUACUACAAUGAGAGUAUUGCAGCAGGUCUCUCAGGUUUAUCAAUCUGUGAAAAUAGAGAUGCUCUCAAAGAUGAUUCCAUUCUUUGACUUUUCGUUCGUGGAAAAGAUUUCAGUUGAUGCUGUCAAAUAUAAUUUUGUUGCUGUUAAAGUUGAUCAUCGGAAGGGCGCUGUGGUUUUUGGCAAUGAGGACAUUGAAUCUGACAAGGUGUGUGAUCAUCUAACUGUUCUUGCUGAGUCUCUCAAUAAAGCAAGGAGCCUUAUAUAUCCACCAGUAAAGAAGCAACCGAGGCUAGGCGAUAGCUUGUAUGUUUUAGCAGAUAUUGUGGAUAAGGAACACAAAAGGCUACUUGCUAGGAAAUCCAUUAUUGAGAAGCGCAAGGAGGAACAUGAACGUCAGAUGCUAGAAAUGGAAAAGGAAGAAGAAUCAAAGAAAAUGAAACUUCAGAAGAUAACUGAAGAAGCAGAACAGAAGCGACUUGCCACUGAAUAUACCCGAAGAAAGGAGCAGAGGAUUCGUGCUGAAAUAGAGGAGAGAGAAUACCAAGAAGCUCAAGCCUUAUUUCUAGAAGCCAAGAAGAACAAAAAGAUCAAGAAAAACGUGCUCGAAGGGGAGAAAGUCACAAAGCAGACGCUUAUUGACUUGGCCUUAAGUGAACAACUUAAGGAGCGUCAGGAAAUGGAAAAGAAGCUGCAGAAGCUAGCCAAGACGAUGGAUUAUUUGGAACGUGCAAAGAGGGAAGAAGAGUCCCCACUAAUUGAGCAAGCGUUCCAACAGCGCCUUGUAGAGGAGAAAAUUCUUCAUGAACGCGAGCAACUGAGAGAGAUUGAGUUGAGUAGGCAGCACCAUGCUGGCGAUCUUCAAGAAAAGAAUAGACUUUCCAGACUCUUGGACAAUAAGCUUAUUUUCCAGGAAAAAAUUGUAAGCCGCCGUCAGGAAGAACACAAUCGUCUUAAGAAAGAGAGGGAGGACCGUAUCAACCAGGUAAUUUCAUCAAGGAAGCAUGAAAGAGAGAUCAAGAGGAAGCUGCUUUUCUACCUGAAGUCUGAGGAAGAGAGACUGACCAGGCAGCGCGAAGAGGAGGAAGCACGGAGGCGUGAAGAGGCUGAAAGAAAAAGGAAGGAAGAGGCAGAGCGAAAGGUGAAGCUGGACGAGAUUGCUGAGAAGCAAAGGCAGAGGGAGAGGGAACUGGAAGAAAAGGAAAGGCAAAGACGG